UCUGCGCAAGGCAGGUGUCGCUAGUGGGACGGGGCUGGAGUUCUGGGGACGCGCUGAGGCCUGGGGUGCUCGGCCACCAGUUGAAGGCAAGAUGGCAACGCGAACGGGUGUGCUCGUCGUCCUCCUGCUGGGAGUGACGGCCACAAUAGCCACCGCGGAAACCCUCCAGAAAUUCCCUCUCCUCAUGCCUCACGUGAAGCCUGAGCGGGCUGAGACUUACUUCUGCACGCCAAUCAGGAUCGACCCUGCUCAGGAGUACUAUAUCACGGCAUUCCAGCCAAACGCCAGCAUGGAGACGGCCCACCACAUGCUACUCUACGGCUGUGAGACGCCCGGUACUGACGAGGAGGUGUGGAACUGUGGGGAGAUGGCCCUGGCACAACCCGGCAUCAAGAGCGCCCCCGUCUGCGCCACAGGAUCCCAGGUUAUUUACGCCUGGGCCAAAGAUGCCCCUAAGUUGGUGUUGCCUGAAGGAGUUGCUUUCAAGGUGGGCGGCCGGUCACCCAUCCAGUACCUCGUAUUACAGGUCCAUUACGCCUCAGUAGAGAAGUUUAAAGAUGGGUCGACUGAUGACUCUGGGGUGUUCCUCUAUUACACCGAGACCCCUCAGCCUAAGUCAGCAGGUGUGUUGCUGAUGGGAACUGGUGGUCGGAUUAACCCCAAGAGUGUGGAGUACAUGGAAACAGCCUGUACCAUCAAUGAAGACAAGAUCCUCCACCCCUUCGCCUUCAGGACUCACACACACGCUCUUGGUCGUGUUGUGUCGGGGUACAAGGUGACACGUAAAGGCUAUUUUGAUGACUGGGAACUGAUCGGUAAGAGGGAUCCUCAGCUGCCCCAGAUGUUCUACCCAGUUUAUAAAGACGUUGUCCUACGUAAAGGCGAUACUGUGGCUGCCCGCUGUACCAUGGAGAGCAAGAGGGACCGCACCACCAGGAUUGGAGCUUAUAACAAGGACGAGAUGUGUAACUUCUACAUCAUGUACUGGACCACGUCGCCUGAACCCCUGGACCAGAAGUACUGUUUCACUCCUGGUCCUCCAUUAUACCACUGGCGGGAUGAGUUCUAUUCCCUUCCUGACGACGCUUCCACAAUCCCCGCCUCCCAGGGUCCACGCGGCGGCUACCACCAUCACCACUACUGAUCUUCACUACUCUCCACUGCAGGACUAAUGAGGACUCCAAAUAUUCACAAGACUACCUAACUCUCUCUCUCUCUCUCUCUCUCUCUAACUUGCCCAUUUGGUUGUGGCAAUAUUGUACCUGUCAAGACCUACACUGCGGGAGAUGUGAACUUCCACAAGGCAGGGAGGACCCAUGCUUACCUCUUACCUGGGACAUACUAGUCGUCUGUCUGUCUGUCUGUCUAGUCGAAUAGUCAUGUUUUUCCUCUCGCUUGUUGUAGCUCAGUGUAUAACCAAUUUUUAUGUCCAGUUGAACGUUUAUGGAGGGAGUUAUCCAGUGGUACAGACAGAAUGUAAUAUGUUUGUCCACUUACCCGGCUGGAUUAUUUACAACUCUUGAAUAUUUGAUAUCACUAAGAGCCAUUAUGACUCAACAUACCAUUAUGACUCAUUGAGGUAUCCAUACACACUUAAUAGUUCCGAGUUAAUGAACCAGACUUGCACAUAAGGAUCAUCAACACCCCAGCAGUGAACAUAAGUCAUCAACGGGAAGAAUUUAAUAACAUCUUUCAUCUAUUUUCCGUAGAAGUUAAUGAGGCUGAUCACGACUACUGUUAUUAUCUUUGUCUUGGUCAAUAUAUCUAUAAAUACGAAUGAACGAUGCAGGUAUAAUAUAGAACAGGUAAAUAGUAUUAAAUCUAUCACAAAGUGUACGAUAACUUCCGAAUCUAGUAAGGUUGACAUGUUUCCCAGUCAGUUAGAAAUAUUUUUUUUUUCACUGAUUUGUGCAAUAUUUCUUGACUUCAGAAUUAGUCCAUUACAGUUAAAUAAAUUCUACGGUUUUUUAAGAAAGCAAAGAUAUAUUUUAAAUGUUAUUGCAAUGUGAUAAUAAAUGGUUUCUACCUCCCUACCUCCUUUGAGUCCAAGAUGUGAAGUCUCGUUAGCAAAGGUUUGAUCAGUCUACUCGCUUUUGUUAUGUGCUAUCGUCUGUCCGCCAUCAAUCAAGCCAAACGAAUUUCUCUUUGGUUAGAAAAAUCUUGACCACAGUUGUACUCGGUUUCAGAGAUAAGUUCAGUAGUAAAAAAAUUAACUUAGAAAAUUAUACGUGAUAACAAAAGUACGAGAGUUAACUGUUUUAUCUCGUUGAAGUGUAGUUGAUUUGUUCUACUUUGAAAGGAGUUAAUUCUAUAAUGAACGAUAGAAUUAAAGGCUUUGGCGACGAGUGGACCCGUCCCUCACUGGCUCGCUUAACUCUAUAUUGAUUCCAUUGCAAUGAUAAUGUUAAUUUUUCUGUGAUAAUUGAUUUCAGUGAUUUAUGCUCGUAGUUGUUAUUUUCAAUUACAUAUAUAUUUUUUUUUAAAGUUCCAUUGAUAGUUGAUAGUGAAGACAGGACCAUAAGACAAAAGUGUUAACAUAGAACAGGGUAAACAUGUGACAUAUUGAGUAAGAUAGGUGUUGAGACAAGGUCGUUGGCUCUAGUAAGGUUGUUUAUUAAUCAUGUCAAAGAAAAUGCCGAUUUGUUUUUAUUUCUUUGACACAAAUACUGGGAGCGUAAUAAAUCACGUGCUAAUACAUGGAAGAGAAUUUAUUUUUCAUUUUACAUUUAUUGUUUUUCAUUUUAUAUUUGACUCUACCAAAAGACUAUCCCUUUCGUCAGUCUGUUCAGUGCAGUGCUGAGUUGUCGGACGUAAAAAAUCGUCAGUGACAAGUCAACCCACGGUCCAGGUUACCUCAGUAUUGAUAAUUUCAUGUCUUAUAUAUGUAGUCACUAGAGUGUAUAAGAAAACCAGUAGGAUAAACACGUCAAAGCAUUCCCAGGGGCUACUUGUUGACAUCAUACACUUCAUUAAUGUUGUAUGAGGCAGUGUGUUGUAUUGCUCUGCCAGCUGUGAUGGAAUUCGACGUUUGGUGUAAAGUCAGUCGUCAACAUUCGAUAUUUUUCGGCAAAAUACGAUAAACUAAUAAUACAAAUAGAGAACAUAUAUUUAUCUAUUUUUCGAGUGUUGUCUAUAAUAAACAUAGUGAUCUAUAACAAUAUAUUAAGAUAGUUUAUAUUAUAUACUUAAGUUAUAUUUAUCUAUAACCAUACAUAUAUUAAAUUACAAAUACCAAAUCUAUAUUCAGGUUAUGUAAUAUGUGUCACGUGUUAUGGGAAUAAUUAAGCUAUAAAUCGCAAGAGGCUGUUUUGUGAUAUUAUUUUACUUUAUAUUUUUAUAACUCGACUUUAAUUUCAGACGUCCUUCGUUAUCUUAACAUAUCCAAACUUAACCUAAAUAAUGUUAGUUUAAGUUAGAACAGUUAGGUUAAUACUUAUGUUAAUAAUUUAUUGUUAAUAUAGUUUUUCUACAUAAUCGUCUUUGUUAACAGGCCAAUUCAAAAUGUCUAAUAUAUUAUAAUUAGUGAUAUGUUCCUCACGAGUCUAUAUCGCGAUAUGUAUAUAAAUCUGAAGUAUAUAAAUAAAUGAUUUAUGCAUAAGAAAAA